CCGUUGCUCUCGUCAGGCACGCGGCACUACUGCACCGUCGGCGCCCCCUGCGAGUGUCGGCAUCAGUAGUACUUCAGGAGAGGGACGCAGGUUGUAAACGUAACCCCCUUGUAAUGUCUCAAUAACUCCUCGCAAUAUCCUGGCGCAUGCUCGGCCUUGAGGUCAUGCUAUGUAGGAAGAGCAGAACUCGAAAGUGAGUGUCGGGGAGCGGUCGCUCUCAUGGUGAAGUUACGGACGCGACGUGCCGUGCGGGAGCAGUAAGACGGUGUGGUGUGUGUGGUUGGCGUGGCGGGCAGGUGGGCACGCACGGCACUCUGUGGUAUGGUGUAGCCGUUGGGCACGCAGUGAUGCACGUGCGCCACCAUUCUCAUUCUGCUGCUGCCGCCGCCGCUGCCGCUACAGGCGUUACCAGAGUUGUGUGGGUGUGCGGGCGUCACGCUGGAGGGACAGGAAGGCCCAGCGGAGGCCGAGGUCAUGUACCAGGGGCCGCGCCUGCCGGACAUCGCCGAGGCUGAGGAAGAGCCGGCCGAGGACUCCCUGUCAUCGGCUUCCACGGCGUCCUUCUGGAGCCACGAGCGCGAGCUCUACGACCCCUGGUGGCGCUCCACGCCACCCACCGCCGCGGCCAUCCGCGCCUCCUCCUCUACGCCGCCGCUCUAUCGCGGCCUCAUACGCACAGCACCGCCCACCUCGCCGGUCCGCACACGCCCACGUCGCUCAACCAAACCUUCCACUCGCGGGCGUAGCACGACGCCCCCAGCGCACUCCUACACGCCACCCCGGAGACGGACUUCCAGAUAUGGUGGAGGUGGUGAUGGUCGAGACAGCAGUGGCGGGGCGGGGGGCAGUGCUCCCUCCGCCAACGGCCACUCCGGCCAACAACAGCAACAGCAGCAGGAUCAACAGCAAAACUCAGCCGCCGCCAACAAGAAGAGCCCGGCCAAGAAGGGCGGCAGCAGCGCAGAAAUUCCGGGAGCAGCAGGAAAAUGAACGCAGGCGCCGUUUGGAGGACAUGAGGCUCCGAGACGCAGACAGACGUUCACAGGUGGAGGAGCGCAAGCGAAUAAUUCAGCAGGCAGAGCAAGAUCGCCGGGAAGCUGUCUUAAGGAAGACUGCGGAACGUGAACAGCGCUUGGAAUCAAAAAGACGGAAUGAAAAAAGCAACAUAGUAUUUGCCUUUGGUAGUUCCACACCUCGUAUGUUGGAUCCCAAAGAUGGUGCCAGUACAUUCUGGGGAUCUCGUAGGGCUACCUCCACGACAAAUGUCCACUUAGCAGAUACCAAUAUCAGUAGGCGAGCAUCGGAGGGUGGAGACAUGGACCUAAGCCGUAAGCGCGCCACUUCAGCCCACAGCCUUGACAGGAAGCCAGAAGACAAAACCCCAACAAACUCAUCCCAAUCACGUUUCUGUGUGUGGGAGUUUGGGGAUAACUUCACUGCGCUGGGUCCCGCAAAUCAAACUAGCGGUGGUAGCGGCAACCUGGCCUCUCCCUCACCGGCCACGACACCCACAUCUUCCACGUGCUAUUCUCGUAGAACUGCUUCUGUAUUUACUGGGGCUGGGUGCACUUUUGGUGGUGAAGAUCUUAUGACAAGAUCAAUGACUGCAGCAAUCCCUGCAUCAGCGGCAAGACGACGCACCGAUCUGAUGCCAGCAAUGCCGAGUUUGCGAGACUCAUCUGGCAGCACUCGAAGUAGUCCUCGCCAUCGAUCGCCAGGCAUGCGCAGUGGAACGGUCACCCCGAACUCUCCCUCACGUCCCACUUCUGCAUUGAGUCAGGGAUCAAACAACAGCAGCCAAGUGUCCCUCAGAUCCCGCACUUCUCCCCGCAAGCCUCGCCCUCUCAGCAUUGCUGGAUCUUCACUCUCUUCAGCUGAUAAACCCAGAGAUGCCGUUCCACCCUCCAGGGAAAGCAGGCCCAUGGAGAGGAAAUUGUCUGUUGGCUCAACUUCAUCUACAAAACCAGCAAGGGCCAAGAGUGCAGGCUCUGACAGAAGUGCUCCAGCCACUCCAGCACGCACACCAGUAAAAGCCACAACACCCAAGAAAACUCCGUCACAGGUUAAGGCUGAGAAUGCAGCUAAAAAAGCUGUAGAGAAGAGUAAGUCAACACCAAAGACCAAGACUACUCCAAAGACGACCCCUCUACAUUCUCCGGCAGUUGAAAGCAAACCUCUUCCUGGAUCAAAAGAAAAGAGGGUCUCUCCACAAAAGGAAGACAAACCUGCUGAGCAGAAUAACAAAGAAACUAAACAGCAGCUGACAGAAACUGAUGCCACAACAGAAGCAAAGCCUGAUACUGCAGAUGCCAGUCAGGGGGCCCCAGCUCAGGCCCCUGUUGAGGAGAGUCAGCCUGAAAAGGUUGUUGAACCCACUGCUGAACCCACUGCUGAAACCACUGCUGAACCCACUGCUGAACCCACUGCUGAACCCAUAGUAAAUGACACUGAUGCUAAAUUGGAGCCAACUGAGGAGCUCACACCUGCUAAGCCGCAAGAAUCAGUUGCAAAAGAGCCUGAAAACAAUGAAACUCCGAAAGCAAAGGAAAUGGAAGGUUCUCAGGAGAACUUGGAGAAAACUGAGGAAUCAGAGAAGACCAUGAUUAAGAAGGCAGCAGAUAAGCCUGUCACUGGGUAUGCAACUGAGGAGGAUUACAAGGCAGCCCUUGCAGAAAAGCGGCGUCAGGCAAGAGAGGCCAAGGAAAGAGAGCUUGAAUUGGAACGCCAGAGACAGUUGGCAGAAGAAGAGCGUGAAAGAAGAGAGGAGGAGGAGUACCUCAAGAUGCUUGAAGAACAGAAGAAGGCUGAAGAGGAGCGCUUGAGAAAGGCAAUUGAGGAAGCUGAUCGCCAACGUGAAGAAGAAGCAAAGAAAAAGGAAGAAGAGGAGAAGCAGAGGGAAGAGAAUGAGCGCGUAGAACAACAGAAACGUCUUGAGGCAGAGGAAAAACUUCGCCGUGAGGAAGAAGAGCGUCAGGCCCGCAAGAGCCGUGUUGCAGCCAUCAUGGCAAGGACUCGUGGCAAGGGAGGAUCAAACACACCUACCAAGGCUGAAGCCAAGACUCCAUCUGAUGAAACCAAGGCCUUCAAUGAGAGUGACAUGAGCAGCAGCAUGACAGACUCUAUGAUCAAUGCUCUAGUUUCCCAGAGUGAGGGUUCCAGCCAGCCUCAAAGUGAUGCAUCAUCACAGCCUGCUCAGCCCUCAAGUGAUGUCUCAUCCAGACCAUCACAGCCUGAUGCAGUCUCUGAGAAUGCUGUAGUAGCUGGUGUUGAAAUUGAUUCUAAGACACCUGCUGUCAAGUCAGCAACACCUCCCCGCGAUGUGACUUCAGCUUCCAUGGGUGUUGAAUUGACGCAUUCUAAUACUGAGGUUACCCGAGCCACAGAGAACUCAAUGGUCGAUGACCUGAUUAGUGGUAUUGCCUCAGUUAAAGUUGAAGAGCCACAUGUGAAUGGAGAUUCCCCAGUGCCCAUGGACACGACUCCCACACAGUCUGUAGACUUGUUGGGAACCAUUAGUGAUGUACAUAGUGUAAAUCAUAACGGAGUAGAUAAUACACCUGCACAGACCAGUCAAGGGACGGACAACCUCCUAGGUUCCUUAGAUCCUAUCAACUCGUCAAACAAUACCACAGCUGUCACUCCAGCAGCAGCAAACUUUGAACAGAUCAUUGACUUGGGUCAGACCAAGCUUAGUAAUGAGGAUGCAGUUAACAGCAACCCUCCUUCACCAUUUAUAGCAUUUGAGCAGAAUUUGAACAAGAAGCAGAGUCAGGAUAAUACAAGCACAGUUCCAGAUCUGUUGCUGUAAAAUCUGCAGUUUUGUUCAUAUUCUUGUAUGCUGCCUGAGUGUGAUUAUGAGAAACUCCAAAUGUGAUAGUAGCACUGGACCUUUGAAACUCAGCCUUGUGUGGUUGAGAAAUUGGAAGGCCUCCCUCCAUCACCCAACUCACAAAAGGGGUUAAGGGUUCAGUUCCCAAUGCCUCAGCCUCUCGUAGUGUGGCUUUUGUGCGAGUGUGAUACAGAGGAUCUGUUUAACGUUUCAUUAUCACUUGGCCUUUCCCCAGUCAAAAAGGAAAAUUAGUUGCCUUAAUUGGUUUUUAUAGUGCCAGCAUUUGUGACUUGCUGAAUUAUAAUGUAAUACAGUGUGUACAUGCAAGUACAAAUGCUGAUAAAAUGCUGGUUAUAAUCCUCAUGUAAUGUAUCAAUAGUCUUCUCAGAGAUCUGUCUUUCCAAAGGUUAGUAUCCUGUAGUAUGAGCCAAAAGAUUGCUUUACAGAUUUAACAGGCAAGAAGAAUAUUAUGACUGUGUUAUAGCAGUGUGUUCUGCUCUCCAAAAUAGAUAUUAUCCAUAUUCUAAAUAAUUCUAUGACAGUAGAUUGAAUGCAAAAUGUGCUAGUUAUACUUGUGCUAAAAUAUAUACAGAAUAAUUGACAGUUGUGUACUAUUAACAGUGAAAGAAAUAUGUAUAAUAUAUAUAAAUAUAUAUCACCUCCAUGUUUUAAUGUUAUAAAGUUGUCCUUACAUGGAUUAAAUUGAGCAAGACCAGUGUUUUAUAAAGAAAAAGAAUCUGUCAUAUACUGAAUGGGUGCUAGUUGGUGUAGCAGGCUUGCCAUGAAUAAUAAUGAAAGAAAAUUAUAUAAGUACAGGUCCCUACAAUCUGAAAUGAAUAUAAAAGGCUGCGGUGCAUGAUAAUUGACCAACUUCAAUCAGUAGUCAUAUUGAGAGUGACCUGUUAUUUUAGGCUCAGAUGAUAUUUUGGGUGACCUUGGGGGAAAACAUUGUUUAUCUGUAAGGGUUAUGAACCAGUCCAUACAUAAUAUACAUGUAUUGAAUUUGGUCUUUUUUAAGUUUUAUGAGUACAGUAUCUUUUGAUUGUGGUAAAGAUAACUUUUUGGGCUUGGUGAUAACUGACAGGUUAUGCUAAAUGACCAUUCACUAAUAAAACCAUGUUCUCCACUACAUAGGCAAUCCCCGCUUGGGAAUUCAGCUUCAUGGCUGCUACUCACAAGUUAUAGUGAAAUUGUAUUUUAGACUUGUUGAUAACCACUAAUAGUACUAUAUUCACCAGCUCUACUCCAUUCUACAUUUCUAUCUAUAACAAUGUGUUUCUCCAUCAUUUGCUUUGACAGAUACCAUGUAUAAAGUCAUUAUCUUGUAUUUUUAGGUAUUAGGAAUUGCUGUAUGAAGUCAUGUUUUCCCAUCUGAGUAAUUUUAUUUAUGUAGAUUAAGGUUUUUAUAUUUGAGUUGCAUUUACCCACGGUGCACCAAACUUUAAACAAAAAAUUAUAAAAACUAUAAAAGUUGGCCCACUUGCCUUUGUUAUAGUCUCAUUUAUAUUUUAUUAAAUGCUCAAAGAUAUCUUUCCCAUUUGCUUUUAUGUCUUAUUCAGUUUCAUGUCUAAUGGAUGUAAUUCACAGAUACAAGAUGGUUACAGUUUCAAAAAGAAAAUGAAAUCUCUAUUAGUGGCUUCCUGCCACAUCUAACCAUGUUUCUUAUGCCAUUAUAAAUAACCCAAUCCUGUACACUAAAAUUCCUUGUAUUUGUAAAAGUGCUAUAUGUGGUAUAAAAAUCUACCAGUUAAUAAA